AUGACGCCUUUCGUAGACAUUGACGGAUAUCUAGAUUCGGAUGAAGGUCUUUUCGCCCCCGAUAUUAGCGCCAAGUCCAUCGCCCUACAACAUAGCUCGCUGACUCAUCCAAGCUCGUCAUACAAGGAAGUCAUCACAGUCGAAGUCGGACCAGAGAAGAAAGCCUUUGUGAUUCAUAAAAAUCUCCUCGUCUUCUAUUCCGACUACUUUCGCAGCGCGUUCAACGGAUCCUUCAAGGAGGCUACCGAGGGCAAAAUCUCUCUGCCCGAUGAGAGCGACGAUGUUUUUGAGAUUUUCAACCAGUUCAUUUACAGCCGUGUUCUGGCAGAUGGAGAAGGCGAAAAACUGACUGGGGACCAGCUUAUCAAGCUCUGGUUAUUUGGCGACAAGUAUCUCGUGCCGGUUCUCCAGAACGUUGCUAUGAAUUCGCUCAAGACAAAAAGCGACAAGGAAAAUUAUAUACCGACAGAAAAGAUCAAGCUCAUCUGGGAGAACACUUUGCCAAACUCGCCACUUCGAAAACUCAUCUUGGAUCAAGUUGUGUACGAGACAGACGUUGAUCACUUCAUUCACCCCGGCACGGAGGAACUCUGGACUCGAGAAGCGCUUGUAGACCUAGCCAGAGCAUUGUUUCGCAAGGAAAAAUCCACAGGAAAGCACCUGAUGCCGCCACGAGGAAGAUGCCACUACCAUGUCCAUAACAAGGGAGAGCAUUGCUAA